AGUAAAUCGUUGAAUCUUAGCACGAUCGGAUCGUUCAACUCGUAGCUCUCGGAAUCAACGGCAGAGAAGGAGGUAGUAGUCGUAGUGGAAGAAGAAGUAGUAACAGAACCGAUCAGGACUCUUUCUCAGCAAGCAAGCAUAGCAGUUCUCGAUUUCGUCGGCCAACGGUCAGGCGGGUGUCAUUCGUUUGUAGGCUUUCGCGAGUCGCGGACGUGUCCGGGUUUAGGCGGUCUUAAAAGUUCUAUCGCGGUACCAGUGCAAACGUUCUAUACGACACGGUUCUAACUGGUUGUCUUGGGAUUCCUGGCGAGCGGGGUAGUGUUUCCUGAUUGGCGUGUGGUUCCAAGUUGGUGUUGGUGGGGAUAUAAAAAAAACGGCAGCUUCAAAUCGCUCAUCAUUUUUUGCGUGACAGCGAAAGGAUCUGUGGGGGUGAAAGUUGUCGUCUUGAAAAAAAUAUUAAGUUCUGGAGUAAGAGAUGGAAUUUUUUUCUGCGCUCGAGGUGAAAUAGUUCGAGUGCACUGGGAACGAGGAUUUAUUGAAUUUUUUUGUGAUUUUUUAAAACAACAGUGGAGAAAAAGUGGAAGUUACUUGUUUCGAAAAAAAAAUCUACAAUAAGGUAUAUUUCGGAAGUUUUGUUUCUAAUUGCAAUCAAUGAAGAAAAUUCGGGUGCCAACCGAUAAUGUCAGUUAAAACGUAUCCUGCCGAUAAUUUAUUAGCAGAAACAGAAGUGAAGAAAGUAUUGUAUCCGUGGACGAACCAGCAGAUCGAAACCAUUUACUGAAAUUAAAUUACUCGCUUGGUUGAAUUGUGUUCCUAAACGACAUCUCUGUGAAGUCACGGUGUGUACACAUUCUGGACCGGAUCCCUGCCGACUACCUCUGACUCGAAUCUCGCCAACUUGCCCCGAUUACCCCAGCAGCCGGAUUCUGACGGGUUGCGGCUUCGAAGGCCGGUCAAGAUAAAGCCACCUCAUUCUGGGGGAAAAGGCGCGGGUGGAGACGACGACGACGACGACGAGGACGACGCUACCUUCAAACCCAGGACGACCCGGGGGCUGUCAACCACGUGAUGGGAUUGCACAAAAACUACUUCAAAGUGGGACAAAAUGCUAGCAAUCAGCUGUUUGGCCUGCCGCCACGUGGCCCAAGUGGGCCUACGCCGCUAUCGAUGCUUAUUUCGCAGGGAGCGAAAUUCAACAACAAUCGUGUAGCAGUAAUUAUAUUCGGGAUAGCUACCCUCAUCGCUGGUGUGAUAUUAUCUUCUGUUCCUUGGCUGAAUAUUUUUAUUAUGAGGAAUUUAAGACUAUGGAACGGCACGUUAAGCUUCCACUACUGGCAGCGGCCGGGCGUCACUAGGUUAACUAAGGUGUACAUAUUUAACGUAACCAAUCCGGAGGGGUUUCUCGCCGGUGAAAAGCCAAAACUAGUUGAAGUAGGACCAUUCGUUUAUAGAGAAGAUAUGGAAAAGGUGAAUAUCAAGUUCCAUGACAACUACACUGUAACAUAUCAGCACAAGAAAAUUUUACAAUUUGUUCCUGAGUUAAGCGUAGAUAAGAAUCAACGAAUAACGACACCAAAUAUUCCACUGCUGACCAUCUCAACCCAGAGCAAGCAUCUCGGCUACUUCCUGGCGAAAACCAUCUCGCUGGUGCUAACGGCCACCAAGUACAAGCCGUUCAUCUCGCUAACAGCAGACGAGCUGGUGUUUGGAUACGACGACACACUCGUAAGCCUCGCACAUCGAUUUUACCCCCGAAAUCGACGGCCAAUGUCACAGAUGGGUCUGCUAAAUGGGCGGAACGGAACCCUGACCGAGUACAUCACGAUGCACACUGGCCACACCGGAAUGGACAGGUUCGGUUACUUCGACAAACUGAACGGGCUGGACCAUCUACCGAACUGGGAAAAGCAGCCCUGCUCUAGCAUCGAAGCCUCUGAAGGAUCAUUCUUCCCCCCAAGGGAGGUCACCAGUGCCGAUGUAGUUUAUAUCUACGAUAAGGACUUGUGCAGAUCACUACCCCUGGUGUACCGGUACCCUGUCGAGAAGGAUGGUAUCUCAGCGGAUCUUUACACACUAGCGGCGAACGCAUACGGACCUAAUAACAAGAAUAACACCUGCUUUGAUCAUCCGGAUUACAAACGGUACCAGGGGUUGCAAAAUAUCAGUCCCUGUCAAUAUGGAGCUCCCGUGUACAUUUCCAAUCCACACUUCUACCAGUCUGAUCCGCAACUGCUAGACGCCGUCGAAGGAUUGAGUCCCAAGCAGGAAGCACAUCAAACUUAUUUCAAAAUCCAAUCGAAACUUGGCGUACCUCUGGAGGGACAGGUUAGAGUCCAGCUCAAUCUACUAGUCGAAGAAGCACCAAAUGUAAUGGCGACCAAAAAUUUCAGAGAUUUUGUUUUUCCAAUCAUGUGGCUUGAGGAGGGUGUCAGCGAACUAACCCCUCCCAUCCGGCGGUGGAUCUACCUGGCCACGGUUUUCGCCCCGACAGCAUUACCGAUUCUGUCCUACGGAAUGAUCCUCACUGGCACGUUCGCGCUGAUCUACGUGUUCGUUAGAGCGUACAAAAACUUUGUGUUCACCUCAGAUCCCACGACGGAGUUCCUGGAAAUGGGUAGAAGAUCGCUUCGUCGUGGCAGCAGUAUGAUCAUUAACGGCCAGCACCGGAUACUGAUGCAACGGGACAGUUACAUUCUUCUGAAGGCCAGUGAGGAUCCAAAUUUGUAUCACCAUAGCAACAACAACAACAAUAACAAUGUCAGUAGUCAUAACAACAAUCUACUUCAAAGCCAUCAUCACAACCAUCACCACAAUCAUCAUCAUCACAAUCAUCACAAGGAGCAAAGUCUGCUGAAUGAGGAUAAUUCACCAGCUUAGAUCGUGUCGCAGUUUCAAGCGAAACGGAUCUUCACUCCGACUUAGGGCUAUUCAUAUCCGGCGAUUUUUUUCGCCCAGUUUAGGAUAAAGCGGUGAUAGAGACUGUGUUUUUUUUCUAGUGUGCGUGUUUUGAAUCUUUGAAAUAUACACCCUCUCUCUCUCUGAUGUUUUCUCUAUCCUGUUCUCAGUGUUUUCGUUUCCGAUUCGAGUAAGUGUAGUUAAAUUAGAAUAUAUGUUUGUUAAUUGCCAACCAAGGUUAGAAACUUUUACCGUCCCAGAUGCUCAUCCCAAAAUGACGAUUGCUCAAGUUAUCUAAACGAAUAGGUUCUAACUUAAUGAAAAUAAAUUACCAUUAAAUUAAUAUGUCAUCUAAUUCAAUAGCUAUCAUUCCCAGUUGUACAUAUGUCCCACACUUGCCUUCAUUCUAGAAUAAUAUAGCGAAUAAUGAAAUUUUAUAAAAAAAAAAUGUAUGCGCAAGAUAUUGGAUUUACCUGUAAAUAAAAUUUGUA